AUGAAUGGAUUCAACGACUUGUUGAAGAAUCUUCCACCAGGAAGGAGGAGUGAAGAACAGGAUUACUAUGCUCUAGUUGAGGUUAACGGUAACAAUGCUCGUAACAUCGAAUUGAAGAUUCAUAAUUUCGUUGAAGAAGCGGAGUCUCGUGGUGGUGUGCCGGUCGAAGGAAUGCUCUCUCGUGAUACCAAGCAGGAGAGGGAUUUGUGGAAGAUUCGUGAGAACAUACCAGUGGCAUUGAACAGGGAAGGUGUUCUUCAUAAAUAUGAUGUGUCUCUGCCAGUGAGUGCGAUGGACGACUUAGUUCGACAUGUACGGAGGGAGUUCCAUCGUAGAGGAGAG